AUGGCGAAACUCCUCAAGCAGCCGCUGAAGCUGGCGUUGGUGCAGCUGGCGACCGGAGCAGACAAGGCGGCCAACCUCUCGCGCGCUCGCUCCAAAGUGCUCGAGGCCACGUCCAAGGGCGCCAACCUCGUCGUGCUUCCCGAGUGCUUCAACAGUCCCUAUGGAACGAAGUACUUCCCGAAAUACGCCGAAACGCUCUUGCCAUCGCCGCCGACCAAAGAGCAAGCACCCUCCUUCCACGCCCUGUCCGAGCUCGCAAAAGAGGCCAAGACAUAUCUGGUCGGCGGCAGCAUCCCCGAGUACUGGGAGGAGACGAAUAAGUACUACAAUACCUCCCUGACCUUCGAUCCCAAUGGCAAUCUGAUCGGCACGCAUCGCAAAGUGCAUCUCUUUGACAUCGACAUACCGGGCAAGAUCUCGUUCCACGAGAGCGAGGUGCUGUCGCCAGGCAACAAGGUCACUCUCAUCGACCUGCCAGAGUAUGGCAAGAUCGCUGUGGCUAUAUGCUAUGAUAUCAGGUUUCCUGAGCUGGCCAUGAUCGGCGCGAGAAAGGAUGCCUUUCUGCUGGUGUACCCAGGCGCAUUCAACCUCACAACGGGCGCCAUGCAUUGGGAGCUGCAGGCGCGCGCGCGAGCUAUGGACAACCAAAUAUACGUCGGCUUGUGCAGCCCUGCGCGAGACAUGGAAGCGGACUACAAUGCCUGGGGACACUCGAUGGUGGUCAAUCCAAAUGCUUCGAUUCAAUCUGAGCUGGAUGAACACGAAGGUAUCACGUAUGCCGACUUGGACAACGCUACACUUGCUGAGUCGAGGACGGGCAUUCCCGUCAACACUCAGCGUCGCUUUGACGUGUAUCCAGAUGUCAGCGCUGGUAAGGUGCGCUUUGAGGAGUAG